GUGGCAUUUCUAGGAGAAGGGGGGCGUUGGCUCCCCCGGAAGUGGUGUCGGCAAAGGGUGCGAGGCCGACUGCGGUCCUACUGUUGGAACGGAGCUGGUGCCGCGAGGCCUGGCCAGGUCUUGCGGCUGGGUGUGAGGCGAGGAAGAAGAAAGGAUCCUCCAUGGUCUUCUCAUUCACAGGUUAAGGCUACCUUUCCAGAUAGUCCAACAACUAAGUCACCAGUUUCCUAAGGCAUUUGCACCACCUAUGGAAAACAUCGGAUCCGUGCAUACCAGACAGAUCCUUGGCAACUCAUCCCACCGUCCCCCUGCACAAAAGUUGCUGCACCAGCGGACAAAGAAGGCGACCACUGAGUUUCUUUCUAUUACCAACUAGAUAUAAUAUCCCUGCCAACAAAACAGAGCACACAAAGUGUCUCUUCAUAAUAUCGCAACCAAUUGAGACCACGCUAAGAAAAUCAGCUUGCCUAGAAGAGGACCCCUUCUCUUAGGUAGCCAGGAUUUGAAGGGAGAGACUCUGACCUGUGCCACUGGUAAGUGACUAACUUUUACACACUGAACUGGUCCUGAGAACUGAGAUAUCUUCUUUGUAAGUGAAGAAUUAACAACAUAAUCUUGAAGAACUGCACAGUGGUGUGAGCCAGAGGCAUACUGUGUGUGUGUGAUGGACUGAGAAACAGACAAAUGAAUCUUAUUGAAAGGAUGUCUCAUCUUUUGUUUCUAUUUUCCAGUGUUAGUGUUGUGCUGGCUUAGAUUGUUACCUUUUUCUGGUACCUUUUUUUCUUACUGUUUUUCUAUUCUAAUGGGUCCUAGAAAUCCCUCUCCUGACCCCUUAUCAGAAUCAGAGAGUGAGGAAGAAGAAAAUGCUAACUACCUAAAUGAGAGCUCUGGGGAAGAGUGGGAUUCCUCUGAAGAAGAGGACCCUGUGGUGCCCAACCUAACACCUCUUGAGAGUCUUGCCUGGCAGGUUAAGUGCCUUUUAAAAUAUUCUACAACUUGGAAACCUUUAAAUCCUAAUUCCUGGUUAUAUCAUGCUAAACUCUUGGAUGCCAGCACACCAGUGCACAUACUUCGAGAGAUAGGUCUAAGACUCUCCCAUUGCUCCCAUUGCGUACCCAAACUGGAACCAAUUCCUGAAUGGCCUCCUCUGGCUUCUUGUGGAGUCCCGCCUUUUCAAAAGCCCCUUACAAGUCCCAGCCGGCUUUCUAGAGAUCAUGCCACUCUAAACGGAGCCCUGCAGUUUGCCACCAAACAGUUAAGCCGAACACUGAGUAGAGCCACUCCCAUUCCUGAAUACCUAAAACAAGUUCCCAACUCAUGUGUCUCUGGUUGCUGCUGUGGCUGGUUAACUAAAACAGUUAAGGAAACAACCCGCACUGAACCCAUCAACACUACUUACUCCUACACUGACUUCCAAAAGGCAGUUAACAAACUCCUGACUGCAUCACUAUAAAGACCCACCAUUCCUUCUCAUGUCUGUCAUGUUGCUGCCUGAGAAAGGAAUACAGUUACACAGCCUGCAGUUGAGAAACUAAUGUCUUCUCAACCAAACUGUGCCCUGUCUCGCAAGCUGAAGUACGAUCCAGUACUGAAUAUAUACCUGAGUCUCGUGACUCAGCUACA